AUGGAAGAAAUUAAGCAAGAAGAAGAUUCACGAACCGAAGAGGAUUGCAUAAAGAAAGGGAACAUAGAUAUAAAAAAUGAAAAAAGAGAAUGUAAUAAUGAUGAGAAUAUAAUAAAAGAAGGAUAUAUAUACAAUUUACUAGAUCGGUUAAAUAAUUUAAAAAAAUUGAAAGUUAAUGUAACUGAGGAUGAUAUAAAUUUAAACAAUGAAAUAAGGGAAGAUAAAGGUAUACAUAAUAAAAUAGAAAAAAGUGAAAAUGUAAGCAUUGGAAUGAUGGAGAAUGCAGAUUUAAAUAAUGAGAUAAGAAAAAAUAAAAAUAUAAACAUUGAAACUGAGAAAAAUGAAAAUUUAAAUGAGAUAAGAAAAAAUGAAAAUAUAAUUAGUAAUGAAGUACAAAAUAAUGAAAAUUUAUAUGAGAUAAGAGAAAAUGUAAAUUUAUCAAAUGAAAUAGAAGGAAAUGAGAAUAUAUGUAAUGAGGUAAGAAAAAAUAGAAAUUUACAUGAACUAGAAAAAAUUGAAAGAUUAUUUAAGGAAAUAAGAAAACAUGAGAAUUUAUAUAAUGAAGAAGUAAAUGAAAUUUUAUUAUAUAAUGAUCUAUUUAAUUAUCUUGUUGAAAAAAUAGAAUAUAUUGACAUUGAAAAUAAGGAAAUUAAAAAAUAUUUAAAAGAAGAAAUAGUAAAAUUAAAAGAAAACAGUAAUUUGUUAUUUGAUUUUUUAAAAAAAAGUAAAAAUGAAAAAAAUAAUAUUUUAUUAAAUAUGAAUGACUCUAUGUUAAAUGAAUUAAAAAAUUCUUUUUAUGAGAUAUUUGGGAAAAAACUAAAAGGAGAAUGUAAUAUUGAAUAUGAGGAAAAUAUAAUGGGAAACAAAAACGUAAGUAGGAUAUUUUCAAUUUUGUGUAAAAAGCAAGUAAUAAAUGUGUUAGAAGAGGUGUUAGAAAAUGUAUAUGCAGAUGAAAAUCUUGAUGAAAGUAAAAUAAAAAGAUUGAGUAAUUUGAAUAAUUUUAUGUAUUUACUUAACACAGCAAAUAGCAAAAAUAAUAUAACGGAGAGUGAAGGAACAAAAAACUCUGCGAGUGUAAAAAGAGAAACAGAAGAAAUAAGCAAUGAUCAUCAUGAAAUAUCAAAUAAAACUAAUUUUAGUUCAUUAAGUAAUUCAAGUAAUAAAACAAAUAAAAUUAAUAAAUUAAAUUUGAAUAAAAAGACAUCUAAUUAUUUUCGUAAAGAUAAUAAUGAAACUCAAAUUAGUUUAUCAACAUGUUUAACAGAAACUUCAUUCAUAGAAAAAAAAAUAAAAGAAAAAAAUUCUAAGAAAAAAAUUCUUUAUGAAAAUAAUAACAUUUUACCAAAUGAUAAAAAUUCAAAAAAAAUGUUUUAUGAAAAUAACAAUUCUUUGACAAAUGAAUAUUUUAGUGACAUGAUGGUAUAUAUUUCAUGGGUUCCUAAAAGUGCAAGAUGCCAAUAUCCAUUAGAAUUACCAAAAAAUUCAGCUGAAAGAAAUAAAUUAGCUGAAUAUAUUGAAGCAAAAGAACAAAUGCUUUAUAUUUUAAAAUUAAUGGGAUAUGAAGAAAUUGAUAAUAUUUAUUUUCAUCCACCAAAGGGAUCACAUAUAAAAAUAAAAUUUAAAACAUUAGCUUGCAUGAAUAAGUUUCUGAAAGCAUACAAGAAUACACCUGAUAAAUGGAAAGAAGAUAUGUUUAAUUUUUUUAAUAUUCCUUUAAGAAGUAGUAUAUCUGUUAGAGAUUUAAGGAUAGAAAGGGCUGUGCCUAGAUCAUCAGCAGCAGAAUUUAAAAAAAUAAAAAAAAUUAACAAAAAUUAUCAUGAUUUAUUUUUAUUCAAGGAAAAUUAUAACUUAUGUGAUGAAAAUAUAGAAAACAUGGAAAAAAUAAAUUUUCAUUACAACAAUUUUAAUAAAAAUAUUAUUGGGCAAAACAAAAAUGAUAGUAAUAAUAACAAAAAAAUUAAUGAAAGCAAAAAAAAUUUACAAAAAACGAAAAGUAACAAUACAAGCGAUAAUAACAGUGCUAAUAUUGGAAGUAAUAUGAAUAAAAAUAUGGAUGAUUUAGAUAAUAAUAUGGUUAUAAAUAAUGAUAAUAUAAAUAGUUCUUCACUAGGUAUAAAUAGUUCUCUUAAUUUUCCAGGUAAUAGUAAUGCAUCAGUUAUCUCAUCUAAUAAUAUAUUAAACAAAAAUAAUAAUAAUUUAAACAAUAAUUAUAAUAAUAGCAAGAAUAACCUCAAUAAUAUGAAAUCAAAUAAGGUAUUUUUAACUAAUAAAGCUAAUAAUAAUAUUAAUAAUAACAAUAAUAUUAACAGUGAUAAUAUAAAUAGUAUUAAUAGUAAUAACAUACAUAAUAUUAGUAUAAAUAAUGGUAGUGUGAAUAAUAAAAAUGUAAAUGGAAAAUUAAAUUAUAAUGCAACUAAUAACAUAAAUAACAAUAUAAAUCAUAAUAAUACUAUGUUUGCUUCUAGAAAUUCUUCAAGAAAUAUUUACAAUAUUAAAAAUAGGAAUUUGCAUAGAAAUGGGUCAAGUAUAUCCAAUUCUAAUUUUUUAAACUCUGUUAAUAAAGACAUGAUGAAUAGCUUCUCGUUUAAAAAACAGACUCAUUAUGCAUCAUUUUCAAAUAAUUCUAAUAACCAUAUGAAUUCGUUAAAUCAACAUGUCUUUGUAUUGAAUAAUAACUCAAACAAUGGAACUCAAGAUAAUAUAUCAAAUUCAAAUCAAUUCAAUAAUAAUUCAGAUUCAAAUAAUAAAAAAGAAAAAAGUGUACUAAGAAAUUUUAAAGAUUGUUAUACAAACAAUUACUCAGAAAAUAAAGACAGUGCACAUGUGAAUUACAAUCAAGGAAAUAAUAUUAUGAAGCAAAAUAAUUAUAAUAAUUUUAACGGAGAAUUGGUAAAUGAUAAAUAUAUUCAGAAUGAAGAAAUAAAAGAAGAUUUAAAAAAUUUAAUUAAUAUUGAUUUUAUUAAUGAUAUAGAUAUGGAUUGUGAAGAAAAAAAUCAAAUUAAUGAAUCUACUUCAAGAAACGUAAAUCAUCUGCAACAACAAUCAUAUUCAAAAGGUUUUGGCACCAUUAAUAAUUGUAUAAAUGAAAAUUUAUUAAAUAACAAAACAAAGGAAUAUGAAAAGUAUGACAAAUUAUCUUUUAAUAAUAUUAAUGGGCAGAAUUACAUAAUGAAUCAAGAGCAUUCUAAUGAUGAAAUUCAUUUUAAUGAAAAUGAUUUUUCAUAUUCAAAUACUAAUGUAAAUAAUAAUCAGGAUAUAACUGAAAAUUUUAAUUAUUUUGCUGAAGAAAAAUCAAAUCUAUAUGAUAAAAAGAAUAUGUUUAAUUAUUAUAACAAUACAAUGCCUCAAGUAAAUAAUAAUAUACAUAUGAAUAUAAAUCAUAAUGGUACACUAAAUUUAAAAUCAUUAAAUAAUAGUUCAUUAAACAUUAAUUCAUCUAUUAAUGACGAUUUUAAUUCAGUUGAUCAUAAUGAUAAUAAUUCUAAUUUAUAUAGAAAUACAUUGAACACUAAAAUGUAUAUAGAUGAAUUAUCAUUAAAUAAUGCUUUUAAUAAAUAUGAAGAUGAAUAUUGUGAAAUUAAAAAAAAAGAAGAAAAAAUGAGAGAUUUUGAAAUUAAAAUGAAUGAAGAAGAAAAUAAAAAUUUUUUAAAUUAUUCUUUUCACUCAUCACAUGUUGAAAAUGAUCAGAAUUAUUCAGAUAAUUAUGUGAAUUUUUUUUAA